GUCAAAGCAAUCCAUUAUAAAUGAGACUGAGGACCUGAUGUGUGUCAGGCAGGCAGACACCACUCACACUAGAAGAUGAGCUCCCGGCACUUAUUGGUCCUGGUUGGGACACUUGUUGUACUUGGCAUUGUGUCUCUCAGUGAGGGAUUCAAUAUUGCAAACAGUCCAAAGAAAUGCUGCUUUGAAUUUAUUACUAAACCAAUUCCACGAGGUCGCCUCACAGGUUACUACACAACAAGCUCACAGUGCCCAAACCAAGCAGUUCUAUUCACUACACGCAAGAAUCGAGAGAUCUGUGCAAAUCCUGAAGAGAUGUGGGUGCUGAAAUACAUGAAAUACUUUGACGGCCUUAGCAGGAAGACAUCAAUUCGAUUUUAAAAUGGACAUUUCCUGACAAGCACUAAGGCUGUCAUUACCCCUUGUCUUUCAUAUCUGGAAUAAAAGGAAAACUGAAAACAACUACAACAAAUAUUUCUAUUUAAACACAGAUAUGUAAUGGCUGGAAAAUGAAAUCACUGUUCUCUUUAAUAUUCUUUUAUGACUGCAAAAUAAGUAUCUAAAUAAACCACCACAAUUUUCUGUCAGAGAAGUUAAACUAUUGGUCUAAAUCAAACAGCUUCAAUAAUUUGUACUUUCAGUUAAGUUGUUAUUUACAGUAUGUUUAGAAAAUCUUCCUUCUUUGUUUGCCAAAGGGUUUAUCUGUAAAUUAGAAAGGAAAUUCCAGUUAUAAGCUUUUCAAUACUUUGUGCUGAAGUUGUUAUACCUCAACUAAACUCUUAAAUACUGUUCAUUGUUUUAGUUAUUUAGCCUAUUUUAUGACUAUUGAUUAUCUUGCACCUUUUUAUUAAGGUAGAUGUGAAUAAACUUUUCACUGGGACACCAAAUGUAAAGUACCGAACAUUAGCAUGAUAAUAUAUAAAGCCACAAUGAAUGUAAAAAUACAGACUAAGUAGCAAAAAGGCUAAGUGGUAUAUUGGAACUUCAAGAGUUAAUUUGGAACACAAAACAUUGAUAACUGUUUUUAAAUAAUUACUGUUAUUUUUUAUUAAAAAAAAAUAUUUUUAAACAAUAUCACUGACAAUGAUAAACCUACCUCCCUACACCCACUUUCUGAUGAUUGUGUUACUGUAAGGCUUUGAUAUUUUUGCUAUGGCUUUGUAUUAGUAAUUAUUACAUGGGAAAAACUUUAGAAAAUAAAGUAAAAUAAA